AUGGCGGUCAACCUUCACCGUGAUGCCCGCUCCGGUCAUCGCCGCAUAGGUCUCCUCUCCGCACUGCUGGACUUGGCGGGAGCUAGCAACGUGCAGACAAACGGCCUUGCAGUUUACUUCUUGGUCUCAGUCACCUGGCCUUUCUCGACUCUUUUUUUCAACCAACACAAAACAGCGCGCUUCGACUUUUGCUUUCUCCACCUGCACAGAGCAGUGCAAUAUCAUCACUCUCUCACACAUCCUUUCAACAGCCACUACAUUCUCACCACCAUGUGCAAGCACUACCGCCACAACGCGAAAGCUCGCCAUGAGCGUGAGCUGUCGGCUGCCAAGUCCAAGCUCUUUGGUAGUGGUCGGACAGCACCAGUCACCCGUGUGGCUGUCGGCAAGACGGCGGCUGGCAAGAAGUUUCGGUUCCUGCUGCGACAUCCCCGUAAGGGCAAGAGCAAGAGUGAGAGCAAAGUCCUCAAACAAGCUCAGCAAGCUGCUGAGAUGUCGGAGGACGUUGAAAUGUCCGACGACACGGACAUGGACGAUCUCGCCCGCGCAUUUGCGAAGAUGGCACUCGGCCAAAAUGGUAUCGAGGGGCCGGAAAGCAACGACGUGGAGAUGGAGAUGUUCUCCACUCCCUCCUCCAAAACCAUGUUCCUCGCCCCCUCCCAUCCCAUCAUCCUCCAUCACACAAACGACUUCUUCCGGAAAGCCGCACCAGAAUGGAAGCGCAAAGUCGAUCCCCUGGAGCGGGGCACGAGGAACGAGCGGGACGCAAAGCGAUUCCGGGGCCCGGAGGCACCCAAGCCAAAGGGCCCGUACAGGGUAUUCUAUGGCAACAUAGCCAUACUGAAGAUGCCCAACGGGAGUAGCCGGACUCUCCGAUGGGAUACCAACAGGCAGUCUCGCCUGAGACGUUGA